UCUCAUUUGUCGUUUUAUCCCUUUGUCGGAAAUGGCUCGCAAGAAGGUGGCCCUUCGGUAUAUCCUCGAUAAAAAGUCUCGAUGCGCUACUUUAAAGAAGCGUCGCGAGGGCUUGCAAAAGAAGGCAGAGGAGUUGGCCAUCAUGUGCAAUGCCACAACAUGCGUCCUAGUGUAUGGCGAAGGUGAGGCGGUACCAAAGGUGUUCCCAUCUCACGCUGAGGCGGUGCCUAUACUGACUCGGUACAAGAAUAUGCCAGAGGGGAGGUUCAAGAAGACGGUGAAUCACGAAGACUUUCUCAGCCAACACUUUAGCAAGCUCCUGGCCAAGGGAGACAAAUUCCGUGGGGUCUGCCAGGACAACGAGACCAGAAUCCUCCUACACAAGGCCAUGCUCGAAAGCAACCUCACGAGCCUCGAUGGCCUCAACGUCGAGGAUCUCACGAAUGUUGGCCUAAAGCUAGAGGUUAUCCUCCAAAGCACGGGGGAAAGCAUCACAAAAAUUAGUGGCCAACCUCCAGUCUUCCAGCCUGAGGAGCCAUACGUCACCAACAACAUGGACAUGGGGCCUCCGUCAAUGUAUCACGCACCACCACCAACUCCAUACGUCACCAACUACAUGCACAUGGAGUCACCAUCGACUUAUCAGGCACCACCAUUGGCGCCAUACAUCAAUCACAACAUGGACAUGGAGUCUUCAGCGAUGUAUCAGGCGCCAUCGCCAAUUCCUUACGUCACUACUGGCAUGGACAUGGGGCCUCUGACAAUGUUUGAGGCCCGACCGCAGCAACAAGAGGAUUCACUUGACAUGAUGAGGUAUGGAGGAGACCUCAAUGCCCUGGUCUAUAGUGGAUACAAGUCUAAUGGUUGUAAUGACACAAGCACUGGCUUCUCUAGUGGUGAUAUUCCGAAGAAGUCGUUUGAGGUGGGGUUUGGUUGGCAGUUCGGUGGCGCUGAUCCCGAAGCGUCUUCUUCGAGUCAUUUCCCCCCAAUGUAAGUCAUGAGACAAUGGUUAAAAAAUGAAAGCAAGGAGAGGAU